AUGACUGAUUUGUAUAAUCAUAAAAAUCCUGAUUUGAAUACAGAUGCACCAAUUAUUUCAGAAGAAACAUACAAUAUUGUUAUGGCUAAUGCAGAAAAACUCAAUGCAGCUGUCAAACAUGAACGUGAUAUUGAUUUCAAUUAUUUUGACUUUAAAACACUCGAAUGUUCAUAUUUACGUCGUAUAAAUAAUGUUAUUGUUGAACGACCACAACAUAUGUUUAUGCGGGUAGCUGUUGGUAUUCAUGGUGAAAAUAUUGAUGAUGCUAUUGAAACAUAUAAUUUAUUAUCAGAAAAAUGGUUUACACAUGCAAUACCAACACUUUUUAAUGCUGGUACCAGAAACGCACAAAUGGCAUCAUGUUAUUUAUUAACAAUGUGUGAUGAUAGUAUUGAAGCUAUUUCUGAAACAUUACGUCGAUGUACAAUUAUUUCACGAAAUACUAGUGAUAUUGGAGUUGCUAUUAGUUGUAUUCAAGCUAAUGGAUCAUACAUUGAAGAAACACAUGGUCGUUCCAUUGGUAUUUUACCAAUGAUGCGUGUAUUUAAUAAUAUAGCUCGAUAUGUUAUUCAAGGUGAUAGACGACCUGUUGCUUAUGCACUUUAUUUGGAACCAUGGCAUGUUGAUAUAUUUCAAUUUUUGAAUGCAAGAAAAAAUAUACGUGUUGAAGAAAAACGUGCAUGUGAUAUAUUUCCAGCAUUAUAG